UAUUAUAAAAGUUACUAAUUCCUUUCUAUUGUGCGAGAACUUAUCGUAGUCUUUAGUUCAAGCAAGUGUUGUAAAUUUAUUAUUUGCAUUCUUAUCGUUUUGUCAACAAAUAUAAAUUCCAAGAAUUAAUAACUUAUUAAAUCGACGACUACAAUUUGUUUAAACAGAUGAUAAUGUUUCAAAUAUUAUGCCUAAAAAGGCACCAAGUAUAAAAAAUCGAAUAUGGGAACGAGAUAGACGCAACAGGUUCAAUGCGAGCUUUGAAAAGUUAGCUUCUUUACUUCCUGAAAAGAAUUCAAGCACAAAUUUAAGUAAAGUGUUAAUAAUUCAGAAAGCUACAGAAUUAAUAGAGAAACUCACUGGCGAACAAAAUGAUAAACAUACAAAGUUACUUAAUGAAAUAAAAGUAUUAAGUGACAAAUGUAACAUUUUGACUAAAACCAUACAAGAAGCCGGUUUGCCUGUACCAAAUAUUGAAAUCGAAAAUAGACAAAAUGUCUCAGAAAAUGAUGCUCUGAAGCAAAACCUAUGUAAUAGUAUUCACAAUAUUGAAACUGGUUCCAAUGUUGAUAAAAAUGAUGAUAAAACUAAUGAUUUGGGAACAAAUGGCCCAUCAAGAAAAAAUGUGGCUAAUACUAAUGCUGCAAAAAAUGGUUCAGAUCAGAGAUAUGUGGAAAAAGAAACAGAUAUUCCAACAGCUGCUUUCAAGGAUGAUAACUUAGUUAAAAAUAAAGUAGUGCAGAAAAAAGGCGCUAAAAACUCAGAAAAAACAAGUGACAAGUCUAAAAUACAAAUCACAGCGAGUGGCAGCGUCCAAAAUACUUGUCCUAUAGUUAUAAUUGUAAAUGAUCCUCAACUAAAUUCUCAACCGCAAGUUAAUGCUUUGAAGAUAUCAAAUGGACUGACAAUUAUUAAAAACACAGCAUUGCCAAAUUUCAAAACAGCCACCAAUCCACUCAAAGUUUUGAAUAGUAGGGUGAUUAAAAAAACUGAUAGUGAUGGGAAUAUAAAAAUAGCUUCUAAAGAAGUGAAAGUCAACUUACAUGAUGCAACAAUCAAGAAUAAAGUACCUAUACCAGCAUUACACAAAUCACAAUUAAAAUCAUUAGGGAAGAAAUCAAGUCUAAAACCAAAACAAAAAAAAGUGUGCCGAGUUACGUAUAGAAUGUUGAGAAAAUCAAAACUUUUGAAGAAAAGAGUAAGUAAGAAAAUAGUUAAUGAUCAACAGAUUAUUAAAAGUAUAGGUAUGGCUGAAACUUCUGCCAAACUACAAGUAAUUGAAGAAUCUAAAGAAAAUGCAAUCGUUGAUAAAAUUACAGAACCUAUAAAUGCAGAUACAAAGCCUCCUAAUGAUAGCAAAAAAAGUAAUGAUUUCAAUCAAAAAACAAUUGUUACAUCCGUAGCCACUUAUAGUAUUGAUUCUUUGUGCAAUGCCAAUAUCAAAAUAGACAAUAUGGUCCCAUCAAAACUUGACAACACUUCACAAACAGUUCAAGUUUGUGAGAAGAUUUCUCAAUCGAAAAAAGGGCCACAUACCAAUCUCUGUAUGGAUAACACUUCAAAAUGUGAUCCGAUGUUAUCAGAUUUAUCUAAUGACUUAUUUGCUUCUUUGCAAGUUGCGCCAAUGGUAAACCAUCAGGCAGGGUGUACAUCCCCCACAGCUGCUUUUCUUCUAGCUUUUCCUUUGGUAUCAUCACUUAAUGGAGGAAAAGUUAACCAAGUUAUGGAUGAAAGUUCAGAGACUCAGGAAACAAGUACAUCUUUAUUGCAAAUUGGAAAUCAUAAGACGAUUGCAGAUAAUACAACAGGUUCGAAUCUUUUGAAUUUGGAUCAAUUUUCUACAUUAUUUACAUCCAAGGAAAUGAAUAAAAAUCAAAAUUCAUGUGACAAGAGAAUGGUUUCAAAAGGUACUGGAACUUUGUACAAUGCAAAAAGUGAUUUACCAAGUGCUAAAAUUGAACUGAAAGAUUUUAGUAAAGAAAUAAAACCUUCAAUAUCACAUACUACAGAUAAAUACAGUAGUAAAAGAAGUGCACAAUGCCUUUAUACCUAUGGAAAUUCCAAUAACUGCAGUUUAGGCUUGCAAAAUAAUAUAUACAAUUCCCCUUAUGACAUAGGUAAUAAAGAAGAGAAGAAUAAAUUUAGUCAUACAAACAUAAUGAUUGAUAAUAGCUCGAUGAGUCUAUCAUGUUUAAAUAAUCAAGAGAUAAUACCUAAAGUUCCUUCUACUUCAGUGCAGGUACAAUAUAGUAGAGAAAUGAAUCGGAUGGAUGCAAAACCUUCAACGAUCAAUCUCACAUAUUCCAUGGCUGUUUCACAAAGUGAAACUUCUUUAGCUCCUUCUUGCAAUAAUAUGAAACCAAUGUAUUCAGAAGCCCAAAACUUCUAUAAUCCUUACACACCUUUCAAUACUGGUAAUAUUGGUAAAGACAAGUCAGACUACAUUUCUUCUGUAUCGACUUCUAUAAUACCUACUGAUGCAAAAUUGCAACCAUCAAACACAUUUGCACUGCAAGGCAAUUCCGGUUCUCAAAGUUGUGAUAAUUUGUAUAAUGAAAAACAACAAGGCUUGAAUGAUAGAUUGUGUAUAAAUGAAAAAAAUAAAGCAGAAAAUAACUAUCAAGAACAAGAAAACAAAUAUACUAAGGAUGUAUCAAUGAGGUAUAAACCAUAUGCUUCUACAAGUGGUAACAAUUCUAAAGCAAAGAGACAUGAAAUAAUGAAAGACACUUUGAAGGAUCAUUCUCAAUCGAUCAAACUUCCUGUAAAUUGGAUGACUACACCAGAUGUCCGACAAAAUUCUUGUAGUCUCCCAAAACUUAACAUUCAAAACAGUAAUUUUAAUUAUAACAAUUUGGAUUUCAAUAUGUCUAGCAGCGCUGAUGCUAAAGAACCGUUUUUUAUUGUUCCUCCAAAUGAAAAUUUAAAUACAUGGAAUAAUAAUAAUAGUCAUUCACAAUUAGUAUUGCCAACAACAUUACCGACUUUAAUUGGAGAUUUGGCAUUAGGAAACACUACACCUUUUCAGCACACACAAAACAACAUUAAACAAUAUACAUCUUGUUUUAAAGAUAAAAAAGAUUAUAAUGUUGUUCCUAAAGAGCAAUUGGAUAAGAAUAUUACUAAACCCAAUGAUUUACCAAUGCAAAGUAAUACUUGGAGUAAUAAUUUCUCAGUAAGUCAAUUAGUGGAGCAGUAUAAAUCUGAAAAAGAUCUCACUUUACAAAAUAAUGAAAGACGUCAUUUUGCAUGUAGUAAGCAAAAAUAUUCAUCAGAUGUAAAGAAAAAUGUGAAAUAUGAAGAAGAUUUAUGUAGUAUGAUAGAAUCAGUAAACCAUGAUGCAGAUAUAUUUCAAAAAUCUAAUGACCAAAAUAAUUUAAUGCCAAAAGCGAAUAAAAAAUAUUCAACAGAAGCUCUACUUAGUGAUGAUACAAAGCAUGAUUUCAGCAUAGGAAAUUUUCGCCAGCAACAAUUUUUUCCUUUGGUCGAUUUUUCUUCUGAUAUACAUCAACCUGUGUCAAAGUACAAUAAACAACAUGUAAAGACUUCAGAAAACACAAGUUUGGCCGGUACGAACUACCCAUAUCCAACUUCAACAAAUAAUUAUGCUUACGCUAAAAAUAAUGCAGGAGUAAAUAAUAUGGAUAUGAACAAAUUGUUGCAUUUAUCAAGUCAAAACGAUAUGCAAACUCAAUCAAUACAGCAACAUAGCAUGGAUGACUUCAAAAGUAAUACAUAUAAAAAUAUUGAUAACAAGAGUAUGCCGAAUCCAAAUAGUACUUAUGUUAGGAAAUCAUUAAAGAAAACUAAAGCUCAAGAAAAUAACAUGAUAGACUUCAACUAUAUGCCAGGAAGCCAUUCACCUGUAUUCACAGAAGACUCAUUUUAUAAUUAUUCUUUAGGAUACACUUCAAAUGCAUCAUCUCAAAAUUAUCAAAAUCAAAAUUUAUUAUACUCAGGAAAUGUAAGGUCUCAUAUAAAUCAGCAUCAUACUUUGCCUACAUUUUCUUCGCAAACAAAUGCUAACAUAAAUGUCUCGAAAAAUAUAAAUAACACACACAUUCCUACACCAUCACCGAACAUUACUAAUAACAGCUCAUCCUUAACAAACUUUAAUUUAAGUACUAUAUUUCCAGAAAUGAAUGAUAAAAUCAGAUCUGGAUGGUAAAUUUAAUAAUAAUG